GCGCCCCCGCCGCGCCGCCCCCCGGAGGGGCCACCGCGUACCCGCUUCCUGUUCGGCUGGUUUUCAGCCAGCGUGAGGACAAAACACGCGUGCGCGCGGCAGACGAGCGCGCUCGCCGCCUUAGCCGCCAGCGCCGAGCGCAGUCCGCCUUUUUCCGGAGCAACCGGCCACGGUGCUAGUCGGUAGCAGCGGCCGCCGCAGCACCUCCGCACUGGGGGACCGAGGGCGCAAAAUGCCAGGGGUGACAGCUCUUUCGUAGGCCUGGGUCGGACCGGACGCCAGAGACAAAGGCUCUCAAGGCAAGAGGGACUGUGGCCCGGCGACGGCGUGGCUUGGGAUUUCUGGCCCCAGGACUUCUCGUCCCUUCGUUUUUUCUCAUCUGAUUCCUCUGUGAUCCCAAGCCCGCCUUCUCCCCCUCCCGCUCCCCCAGGGCGAUCUCGCUCCUCACCGGGAGGACUGAGAUGGAGGUCCCGCCCCGGCUUUCCCAUGUGCCGCCGCCAUUGUUCCCCUCCGCUCCCGCUACUUUAGCCUCCCGCAGCCUUUCCCAUUGGCGGCCGCGGGCACCCCGGCAGCUCGCCCCGCUCCUCCCUUCGCUCGCUUCCAGCUCCGCCCGGCAGGGGGCGCGCCGGACCCAGCGCCACGUCACCGCCCAGCAGCCCUCCCGAUUGGCGGGCGGGGCGGCUAUAAAGGGAGGGCGCAGGCGGCGCCCGGAUCUCUUCCGCCGCCAUUUUAAAUCUAGCUCCAUACAACGUUCCGCCACCGCUGCUGCCGCGACCCGGACUGCGCGCCAGCACUCCCUUGCCGACAGCUCCGCCACCAUGGAGGACAUGAACGAGUACAGCAACAUAGAGGAAUUCGCAGAGGGAUCCAAAAUCAACGCGAGCAAGAACCAGCAGGAUGACGGUAAAAUGUUUAUUGGAGGCUUGAGCUGGGAUACAAGCAAGAAAGAUCUGACUGAGUAUUUGUCUCGAUUUGGGGAAGUUGUAGACUGCACAAUUAAAACAGAUCCAGUCACUGGAAGAUCAAGAGGAUUUGGAUUUGUGCUUUUCAAAGAUGCUUCUAGUGUUGAUAAGGUUUUGGAACUGAAAGAACACAAACUGGAUGGCAAAUUGAUAGAUCCCAAAAGGGCCAAAGCUUUAAAAGGGAAAGAACCCCCUAAAAAGGUUUUUGUGGGUGGAUUGAGUCCAGAUACUUCUGAAGAACAGAUCAAGGAAUAUUUUGGCGCCUUCGGAGAGAUUGAAAAUAUUGAACUUCCUAUGGAUACAAAGACGAAUGAAAGAAGAGGGUUUUGUUUUAUCACAUAUACAGAUGAAGAGCCAGUAAAGAAAUUGUUAGAAAGCAGAUACCAUCAAAUUGGUUCUGGAAAGUGUGAAAUCAAAGUUGCGCAACCCAAAGAGGUAUAUAGGCAGCAACAGCAACAACAGAAAGGAGGAAGAGGUGCUGCAGCUGGUGGACGAGGUGGUACUAGGGGUCGUGGCCGAGGUCAGGGCCAAAACUGGAACCAAGGAUUUAAUAACUAUUAUGAUCAAGGAUAUGGAAAUUACAAUAGUGCCUAUGGUGGUGAUCAGAACUAUAGUGGCUAUGGCGGAUAUGAUUAUACUGGGUAUAACUAUGGGAACUAUGGAUAUGGACAGGGAUAUGCAGACUACAGUGGUCAACAGAGUACUUACGGCAAGGCAUCUCGAGGGGGUGGCAAUCACCAAAAUAAUUACCAGCCAUACUAAAGGAGGACAUUGGAGAAAGCAGCGGGAACUUCAUUGCAGGCCGUGUGUCACCCUGACCACGUCUAUCUCUGGGGGUCGCACGUUGCGGGCAGAGCGCAAGGCAUACACCAGAAAACGCUGUCCUGUGGUAUGGUCUCUUCCAACUUCAUGUACCAGCGUAAAGAUUAAAGUGGAAAACUUCAGACUUUGGCUUCUUUUUUUAAUCUUUUUGGAGAUUAAGUGUCAUAAACUUAACUUAAAUGGUUUUUUACAGGAGUUAAAGUACAUAAAUGCCUUUUUACAGCUUAAUCAUUUUGGUCUUCUGUUUAGUGUUGUAUUUCAAUUGUGGAGCCUCAUUUUAAGUGUUCAUUCUUUAAGAUUUAAUGCUUGCUUUUUCUUUUUAUAGCUAAUAGUGAAAUCUACAAACCAAAACAACUUUUAAAUCUGGGAUAUAAGUUAAAGAUCAUAUGCACAAAGCAAUUAAUUUUCUCGUACUGCAAUAAACGUGUAAGAAAUUUGUGUCUGUGAUAGCGUUUUACUUGGCUUACUAGAGGUGCUUCUAGUAGGCCUUAUUCUGUUCAACCUAUGAAUAUGGGAAGAUUACAUUCCCAGGUUAUUUUCUAAAUAGAUUUUAAUUUAACACCAUAUGGGAACUCCAGGAUGAGUUUUAUCAAUUACCCAAACGACAUUUUGAUAAUAAAUAUGCAUGUGAUCUUUAAUUAUUGAAGAAAAGAAUAAAGUGAGGACUUAAAACAAUUCAUGAAAGUGGACCUUUGAAAGCUUGUCAGUGUUACACAAAUCUAAUUGUUACUUUGUUUUUAUUUUUAGGAGAUGCUAAAGAAAUCCAUCUUACAGGACAACAUUGAAGAUUGGUCUUCAGUUGAUCUAGGAUGAUUAUUUUAUAAAGACUUUCUAGUGUACAAGACACAAUUGUGUCCAACUGUAUAUAGCCGCCAAUUAGUUUUCUUUGUUUUUACUUUGUCCUUUGCUAUAUGUGUUAUGACUCAAUGUGGAUUUGUGUUUAUACAAAUUUUAUUUGUAUGAUUUCAUGUUAAACCUCAAAUAAAUGCUUCCUUAUGUGAUUGUUUUUCUGCGUCAGGUACUACGUAGCUCUGUAAAAACAUGAUUUUAAAGAAGCAAUAAUUAAGGCACAGUUUAUUUUGUAGUAAGUAUUGGUCCAUACAGAGAAACCGUGGUCCUUUAUAAAUAGCCAACCACAGUUUUACCUGCUUCCCCAUUUUUUUUUAAAGUAUAAUCUGUGCAAGGCUUCAUUUCCCUGUUAACUGAAGCUUCAUACCUUUGAAGAAUGAUCUUUACCCUGCUGGAGACUGUCUUAAAAAGCUUUCUGGCAGACUGUUUAAGAAAAUGGAAGAGAACUUGCUAAUAGUUCUCCUUUGGUUUCUGGCAAACCAUACAUAGUUCGAUGAUUUCUUUGAUUUAAUCAGUGGUCUGAUGGCAAAAGCUUUGGCUAAUUAUAACACCGUGAUUUCAGUUCUCUUGGUUUGAAAAAAAAUCCAGAUAAACACAACAAAUCUGGUAGGAGCUGUGGUUUAAGAACAUUAAAAGUAGUUGUAAGGAUUUCAUCAGAUACCUAUGAGAUUAUCCAUUAAAGUUGGUUGAAAGACUUAAGAUUUGGAGUACAUGCAGAAUGACUUAGUUGUGUUCUGUUGGUGUGCCAUAGUCACCAGCAGACUGAACAAAAAGUUUUCUGUUUGGGCCUUUUUCUGGACUUGUGUUUGAGUGAACUUGUGUGAAUUCUUAGGAAAAGUCAUGUCAGUACAUCUCACUUUAAGUGCAAUUAGUGCUUGAGCUGAGUAGUUACACUUUAUUCAGACAUAGGAACAGUGGAAAAGAGUUAAGUUUAGGUUAAUGUUGGUCUAAGUGACUUGAGUUGUAUCAUUACAGUUUACCUGAUGCAUUGAAAAGCUUUGGGUUUAAAAGGAUUUCCUGGAUAGUAUAAGCUUUGACUUUCACAUUCGAUAUAGUUGUAUGUAAAAGUAUAUACAGCUUGUUGAUGGACUUUUUCAACAUGUACAUCAGUUGAUUUGGACAAGUUUCCAUAGUUCAACAUAAAGCUGCUAGGUUUGGAGUACGUGUUCACACAGUUAUACAACCAGUGU